CUCCUGAUCAAAGAUGGAUCUGCAAACCUCAGUUUUUCUUCUGUUCGUUCUCUUCACUGCAGGACACUCUCUCAGCUGUUAUGAGUGUAUGGGUCUGACGGGUUCUUGUGCGGAUCAAAAGGAAAAAACAUGUCUCAAUGGAACUUCCAAGUGCAUGAGUGUAACGUCAGUGUCACAAGUUGAUGGCAUCAGUAUCAACAACAAGUUAAAAGAUUGUGCUGCUGACUGUGCAAAUGGGUCCAUGAACCUCGGCAUUGUGUGGACGUCUGCAGUCUGCUGUAACACAGACCAGUGUAACGUCCAAGAUGCUCCAGAUCCCAGCACUAAUACCCCCAAUGGAAAGAAAUGUUACUAUUGUGAUGGACAGAGCUGCUCAAACACCGUGAGCUGUUCAGGGAGUGAAGACCGCUGCCUUACAACAACAGAGAGUUCCGGAGGCCAGUCAGUGGUUGUAAAAGGCUGUGUCUCUAAAUCUUUGUGUGAUACCACAACAGCGGUUAGAGAUGUCCGGAGCGUCUCAUGCUGUGAGGGGAACCUGUGUAACGGUGUUGAGAGCGUCACUCAGAGCUUCCUGUUCCUCUGCUGUUCUCUGGUCUCCUUCAUCCUGCUGCACUGAAUCCAGCAGCUCUACACAUUCUACAAUGAGACACACUGUACUGAAUAUAGAGCUUGUGUUUUCUAUGUACUAUACAUUUCUGGUGUCC